AUGAGUACUCUUACAUUAGCGCAGAAAGGCUCGCCCCACCCGUACAUUGCUGCGUCGCUGGCUGAGUUUGUGAAUGCCUCCAAGGCUGCCACAUACGCCGUGUCGUGGAUCGAGGGCAGCAGCGCCAAGGACGGCGACAAGAAGGCCAGCGCCCUGCUGACGACCUCCGGCGGCGAGGUGGUUGGCGAGACUGCCACCAUUGCGUCGAUUGUGUCGGCGCACAGCGACCUGAUCACGGCGUCUGACAGCAAGUGGCUGGACUUUGCGCAGGGCUCCCUGGGCGGCAACGACUUCAAGGCGCUCGAGGCGGCACUGGCUGAGCUUGACCACCACCUGGUGAUGCGCUCGUUUGUGGCGGGAUAUGCGCUGAGCGGCAGUGAUGCGGCGGUGUGGGGAGCGCUGAAGGCGUCGAUGAUGUUCCAGCGGAACCUGAAGCAGAAGGCGGAGAUGCUGCCGGACCACGUCAUCCGGUGGUACAACCACAUCUCGUCGCUGGAGUUUGCGCAGCGCGUGGUGGCCGGGCACCAGAACGUGCACAAGAAGGAGAAGAAGGGCGAGCAGGGCUCGUUUGAGCUCGGGUUCAAGGGCCUGGAGCACGGCAAGGUUGUGACGCGCUUCCCGCCCGAGCCCAGCGGCUACCUGCACAUUGGCCACGCGAAGGCGGCGCUGCUGAACGACUACAUUGCGCGGUCGAACGGCGGCAAGCUUCUGAUCCGCUUCGACGACACGAACCCGAACAAGGAGAAGGUCGAGUUCGAGGAGUCGAUCAUCGAGGACCUGCGCCUGCUGGGCAUCAAGGGCGAUGCGCUGACGCACACGAGCGACUACUUCCAGCUUAUCUACGACUACGCAAUCAAGAUGAUCAACAAGGGCCUGGCCUAUGCCGACGACACCGACCAGGAGACGAUGCGCGCCGAGCGCAUGGACGGCAUUGCGAGCAAGUGCCGCGACCAGUCGGUGGAGGAGAACCUGCGCCGGUUCAAGGAGAUGACGGAGGCGACCGAGUUUGGGCAGACGUGCUGCCUGCGCGCCAAGAUGAGCGUCGACAGCAAGAACAAGGCGCUGCGUGAUCCGGUGAUCUACCGGUGCAACCUGACGCCGCACCACCGCACAGGGUCGGCGUGGAAGGUGUACCCGACCUACGACUUUUGCUGCCCGAUCGUGGACUCGAUCGAGGGCGUGACGCACGCCUUGCGCUCGAUGGAGUACCGUGACCGCAACCCGCAGUACGAGUGGUUCUUCCCGGCGCUGGAGCUGCGGCCGGUGCAGAUCCUCGACUUCUCGCGCAUGAACUUUGUCUACACGCUCCUGUCGAAGCGCAAGCUGCAGUGGUUUGUUGACAAGGGCCUGGUGGGCGGCUGGGACGACCCGCGCUUCCCGACGGUGCGUGGCAUCCGCCGCCGCGGCAUGACCAUCGAGGCGCUGCGCCAGUACGUACUGAUGCAGGGCGCGUCGCAGAAGAACAUGCUGCUGGAGUGGGACAAGAUCUGGUCGCUCAACAAGAAGGUCAUUGAUCCUGUUGCCCCACGCCACACCAGCCUGAUCAAGCAGGGCCUGGUGCCUGUGACGCUCACGGGCGGCCCCGCCGAGCCGCUUGUCAAGCAGAUGCUGAAGCACAAGAAGAACAAGGAGCUCGGCACCAAGCCGACCGUGUUCUCGUCGCAGCUGCUCGUGGAGCAGGCCGAUGCUGCGUCGUUCGAGCUCGGCGAGGAGAUCACGCUGAUGGACUGGGGCAACGCCGUGGUUGAGGAGAUCAAGAAGGACGGGGAGACUGUCGGUGCGCUGACGCUGCGCCUGCACCUGGAGGGCGAUGUCAAGGCGACCAAGAAGAAGAUCACAUGGCUGGGCCAGGACCCCGCCGUGCCGGCCACCGAGGCCGUGCUGGUGGACUACGACUACCUGAUCACGAAGAAGAAGCUUGAGGAGGACGACUCGGUCGAGGACAUCUUGACGCCCGUCAGCGAGUUCAAGGAGACCGCGCUGGUGGACGCGAGCGUCGCCGAGCUGCCGCGCGAGUCGAUCAUCCAGCUGGAGCGCCGCGGGUACUACAUUGUGGACAAGACGCUGAAGGACGGCGCGCUGACCCUGAUUCGCAUUCCGGACGGCAAGGCGAGCACCAUGGCGAGCAAGCACAAGGAGGAGCCUGGUGCCAAGAAGGCCAAGAAGGAGAAGGAUACCGGCAAGGGCAGCCCGUGGUCGAAGGGCAACAUGUCCAAGCCGGCCAAGAAGGACGCAGAUGCAUCGCUGAAUCUGCCCAAGCCCAAGCAGGUCGUCGAUAUGUACGAGACUAAGCCUGUGUACGGCGAGGUGCCGGUGGACGCCGCGGGCAAGGCCUCGGACAUGUACGAGACCAGCAGGAUCUACUAA